AUGACUAUAUUAUUACCUUUUAUUAUCAGUAAUAUUCUCAUCGUUUCUAAUGCAAAUACAUGGCAACCUUUUUACAAUCUUUAUAAUACAGACGGGAUCAGCAAUGAUUUUGAUCAUGAUUGUCUCUAUUCAACAAUAACUCAGAAUAUCGGUUUAGAUGAAAAUACUUAUAUAAUUCAGGAAAUCAUUGAAUAUUGUAUUCGAACAUCUUUGAAAGGCAUAAUCGAUGUUAAUGAGAAAUCAAUAUCGUCUAAAUUAACUUUUGAUGAAUUAAAAAAGAAUAAUAUAACUUCUACAGAUUUAAUGGAAUGGUCGAGUCCAAUUGAUCUUAUCGAACGUUAUGAAUACUUUUUGCAAAUGAACACACCAUCAUUAUCAAAUGAAGUAUUUUAUAAUUGUACUCCACCAUGGUUUGGAUCAUUUUGUCAAUAUAGAUUUAUUUUCAAUCAAUCAUUGUCAUCUUUUAUUCAAAUGAGAAUUAACGACCGCAUUUUGUUCGAUAAAAAUACGACAUUAUCCUGUUACGUGCAUAUAAAAUGUGACUUUGGUUCACCUUUAAUCUGUCUCGAUUGGCGUGAAAUAUGUGAUGGAAAAGUCAAUUGUCUUGAUGGUGGUGAAGACGAAAAAUAUUGUGCUGAACUUGAAAUCAAUCGAUGUGCAGAAAAUGAAUAUCAAUGUCGAAAUGGUAUGUGUGUGAACGAAGAAUUUCUUUCAGAUGAAGGUAUUUUACUGAUGCACAUUAGUAGUCCAGAAUGUUUGGAUGGAUCGGAUGAAGUCCGGUUUGACAGCAGGUUUACAUGUGCGAGAGAUUCAUCUUUUAAAUGUGAAGAUGUUCUUUGUCCACAAUACACUGAUUUUAGCUGUGGAGAUGGUAAUUGUCGUGCUAUGGACAAAAAUCGAGGGAUUCUUCCAUGCAUAAAUAAUCGUGACCGAGCAAUAAAUUAUAUGUUUGACUGGGACAAUCCUGUGGAUGCACGAUAUUCUCGUUGUUUCAAAACUCUUAUGUGUGUAUCGUACCCAUGGUUAUCGAAGAACUUUGAUAAAUAUUGCAAAAGCUUGUGCAAUAAUACACAAGAAUGUAAAAUACAAACUGUUAAAGAUUGCCCACCAGCGUUCAUCGCACCUACCUUUCCUGUAUGGGAUAGUCAUGUGAGAUUUGGGUAUUUUUCUAAUGGAACAUCUAUCAAAAGCUUGGGAUAUGAACCUGACUUUGUAUGUUACAACAAAGAUCGUUGUCCAUUUCUCAUUCCAACAUUUACAUUAGAUAAUCAUACAUGUCUACACAGUACCCAACUAAAUUUAACACCAAGUUAUACCGUGUAUGAAGUAUUUAGGGCAUGUAACCAACUCUUUCGAAAUAAUAAUGAGAAUACCUGCCGAGAUACAACUACUACAGUACGUUGUUUAGGGACGAAUAAAUGUAUACCUAAUCGUCGGAUUAUGGAUGGAUUUAUCGAUUGUUAUAAUGCUUUUGAUGAAUCAAUUGCAGCUAAUUCAUGUGCAUUGAAUGAUAAAUAUCGUUUUCAAUGCACAUCUGAACAGAAAUGUCUCUCGCCUAUUCUUGUGAAUGAUGAAAAGGCGCAAUGUAUCGGUCGAGAAGAUGAGUCUUUGAUUGACGGUACCGCAACUACGAUUCAUCAACUUUCUUAUUCUGCUUUUUGUAAUAAUUGGACUGAAAUAGUUUCUGUAACUAACGAAAGCGAUGAAACUCAUUGUGAACAAUGGCCAUGUGUAAAUCAAUAUACACGUUGUAAUUCAGUAUGGAAUUGUGAAAAAGGAAUUGAUGAAAUUAAUUGUUCAACAAGUUUUCAAUGUCCUGCAAAUCAUCAUCCUUGUUUGUCACCAAAGAGCCGCAAGAUGGAUUGUUUACAUAUAAAUCGUAUUGAAGAUGGAACUAUUGAUUGCCUUGGAUCAACAGAUGAGCGAUCUCAUUGUCGAAACCAAUCAGAAAAUGCUUUGAUACGUUAUCGCUGUUGGAAUGAUACGAAAUGUACUACAGCUCCUCGUGCCUGUCAAGAUUGUGAUAAGUCCAACGAAUUCGAUCAAUCAUGUGAUUGGUUUAAUGAAAAAAUUCAAGACAUUAUUAAAUAUAUAAAUUCUAUAGACGACAACGGUCUUUUUAGAAGACAGUCAUUCUCUCAUAAAUCAUCACGUAGUUUUCCUCCAGUUCAAUUAUCAUUACCAAUUCACAAGCAGAUACAAAAUCAUAUGAUAAAAACUGAGAAAUUGGCUACUAGUAUACAUAAUAAUGAUCCAAGAUUAUGGUUAUGCAAUAAAGGAUCUGUGAUUCUGGUUGGUAAAAAUGAACUAGAACAAUGUCUUUGUCCAGCAAGUUAUUAUGGUAAUCUUUGUCAAUAUCAAAAUCAGCGUGUUAGUCUUACUAUUCGAUUACGUCAAGAAAAUUUAAACAAGUUAAAUGUGAUUGGUAUUAUUAUUAGACUUGUGGAUCAUACUGGUUUUGUUCAUUCCUACGAACAAAUUACAUACAAAUCCUUAAUUAAUUGUAAUACAAAAUAUAAUAUGCAUCUUCUUUAUCAAAAUCGUCCAAAAGAUAUGACGAAGAAUUAUACAAUCUAUAUCGAUGCAUAUGAUAAAGUAAAUCUUAUUUAUCUUACAAGUUGGAUAUUUCCAGUUAAAUUUCUUUUUAUGCCUGUUAAUCGUAUGAGUGUUCAAUUGAUAAUUCCAACAAAACAAAAUUGUUAUUUAUUGUGCAGUGAUAAAUAUCUAAAAUCAUUAACAAAUGAUAAUAUGCAAUCUUGUCGAUGCUUAAAUUGGGUGGAUUCAAUUCAUACGAUACAAAACAAAUGUAAUUGCUCGUUAGAUUCGAUCUGUAUUGGUUUGAAAGAAAAUCGACCAAUUUGUCUUUGUCGUUUAAACAAAACAGGACCUCGAUGUUAUCUUAAUUCAGUCUGUCAAAUGAAUAACAAAUGUAUGAAUAAAGGUAUUUGUGUACCAUAUGAUUUGCGACAAUCUUUAACUAACUUCACAUGUGUUUGUCCAGAUGGAUUCUCUGGCGAAUUUUGUGAGAAGACAGAUGUAAGAAUAGACAUCUCGUUUUCUCAUAUAGAAAUUCCACAAUCUCUACUUGUUCAUUUCAUUAAUGUUAUACCACAUCUUUAUGGAAGAGAUAAAACAGAACCAAUUCGAGUAACUAUGUUCAAGAAAAUUUUAUUCAAUCAAAAAACAAUAACUUUACACAUGUCAUUACCUUUUCAUCUUGUUUUCGUUGAAUUUGAGCAUAUGUAUUAUCUUAUUAUUCUUCAACAUAGUUAUACAUCUUCAGUUACUUUUUCUACAAAAAUCUCUCCAUCACAACGUUGUCCACACAUUCACGAAGUAUUAGAUGAAGUUAUAAUUGGAUAUUCACAUCUUCGUCGUGUAAAAUAUUAUCACAGUAUAUGUCAAAAUCAUCCUGAUCUUAUUUGUUUUCAUGAUAGUUACACAUUUAUGUGUUUAUGUACAGAAGAAAGACAUGCUAAUUGUUUUCAUUUUGAUUUUAAUAUGACUUACAAUUGUUUAGGUCAAAAUGAUUGUCAAAAUGAUGGACGAUGUUUUCAAGAUCAUCGACAUUGUCCAACAAAAAUAAUGUGUGUUUGUCAAGAAUGUUUUUAUGGUGAUAAAUGUCAAUUCACUACAAAACAUUCUGGUCUUUCACUUGAUUCUAUUUUGGGUUAUCAUAUUCACCCACAUUUAUCAUUAAUACAACAAUCUUCACCCGUUCAAAUUAGUAUAACUUUAGGUACAUUAAUAUUGAUUAUUGGUCUCAUUAGUGGCAUUUUAUCAAAUCUAACAUUUCAAGUAAAAUCAACUCAAAAAACAGGUUGUGGUCUUUAUCUUUUUACUUCAUCAAUUACAUCGAUUCUCGUCAUCAUUUUUUUCUAUAUUAAAUUAUGGAUUCUUAUUUUUUCUCAAAUGAAUACUAUAACUUCUCGAUCUUUUCUUCUGUUCAAUUGUAUUUCAAUUGAAUUCAUUAUUCGAUUUUUAUUAGCAACGACUGAUUGGUUACAUGUUUUUGUGACAAUUGAACAAUUUUUUGUUGCUUUUGUGGGUAUUAAUUUCGAUAAGGCAAAGAGUCGAAAAUUAGCUAAACGAAUUAUAUUUAUCGUUUUUGUAUUGACUGCUGUAUCAAUCCUUCAUGAUCCAAUUCAUCGUCGUCUAAUUGAUGAUAUAGACGAAGAAAGAACAUGGUGUUUGGUUAAAUUUACAUCCAGAGUAGAAACUUAUAACAGAUUUAUCAAUAUAUUUCAUUUUAUUAUUCCUUUUUCACUAAAUGUUCUCUUAGUCAUUGGUAUUAUGAUUAUUACUGCAAGACAACGUUCAUCUACACAACGACAAUUUACUUUUCGAAAACAACUAAAACGUCGAUUUUAUCGCCAUAAAAAUCUUAUUCUUAAUUCGAUUCUAUUGAUUAUCUUGGCAUUACCUCGUCUGAUUAUUUCCUUCUUACCUAAUUGUAUGAAGUCACCAAAGGAAUAUAAAUUAUUCUUAGCCAGUUAUUUCAUUUCAUUUAUUCCACCUAUACUUCAUUUUUUCAUUUUUGUAUUAACAUCGAAAAUAUACAAAAAAGAAUUUACUAAAAUGUUUAGACAAAAAUGGACAAUAUUUCGACGUUAUUUUUUUCCAAUUCGUGUAACACCCACCCGAUAUUGA